UCAUCUAUCUUCCCGCGCCGGGCCGCAGCUCACUGGACCACUCUCGUGGCGAGUACGGAUACCCAACGCCGUGAAGGAUGGGGAAUUGUCUGCACCGCGCCACAGAAUGCUGCGAGAGGCCCAAGCACCCUUACAUGAGAAUAAGUCUGCCUGCAGUCUGCUUCGUUUGGCAAACUGCCAUGAUAAUUCUCUUCGGCGUGUUUAUUCGUUACAAUGAAGAGUCCAGCACUCGAUGGGUGGAGUACAGGAAAGCGAACAACAUCUCAAGUGAUGUGGAGAAUGAUUUCUACUUCAGAUACCCAAGUUUCCAGGAUGUGCACGUGAUGAUCUUCGUGGGCUUCGGGUUCCUGAUGACGUUCCUCAAGCGCUACAGCUUCAGUGCGGUCGGCUUCAACUUCCUCAUUGCCGCCUUUGGCCUGCAGUGGGCGCUGCUAAUGCAGGGCUGGUUCCACUCCCUCGACUACACCGAUGGCAAGAUCAAGAUUGGCGUGGAGAGCCUGAUCAACGCAGACUUCUGUGUGGCGGGCUGUCUGAUCGCGUACGGUGCGGUUCUGGGGAAGGUGAGCCCGGUACAGCUGAUGGUCUUGACCUUAUUUGGCAUCACGCUCUUCGCCAUAGAGGAGUUCAUCAUCCUCGACCUCAUCCAUGCCAAAGACGCGGGCGGCUCCAUGGUGAUCCACACGUUUGGGGGUUAUUAUGGGCUGGCCAUUUCCUGGGUGCUGUACCGGCCCAACUUGGAGCAGAGCAAGCGCCUCCACGGCUCUGUCUACCACUCCGACGUCUUUGCCAUGAUUGGCACGCUUUUCUUGUGGAUGUUCUGGCCCAGUUUCAACUCGGCGAUUACGGACCACGGUGACGGGCAGCACCGGGCGGCCAUCAACACCUACCUGUCCCUGGCCGCCACCGUGCUCACCACCUUUGCCCUCUCCAGCCUCUUCGAGAAGCAUGGCAAGGUGGACAUGGUGCACAUCCAGAACUCCACGCUGGCGGGCGGUGUUGCCGUGGGAACGGCUGCUGAGUUCAUGCUGAUGCCGUAUGGCUCACUCAUUGUAGGCUUCAUCUGCGGCGUAUUGUCCACCCUUGGGUACAUCUUCAUAUCGCCCUUCAUGGAGCGUGUCCUGAAGAUCCAGGACACGUGUGGUGUCCACAACCUGCACGCCAUGCCAGGGGUCAUCGGGGGCAUAGUGGGGGCCAUCACCGCGGCGACAGCCAGCGUCGAGGUCUACGGAAGGGAAGGGUUGAAAAACACGUUUGACUUUGAGGGCGAGUUUGAAGAUCGUACCCCCACGGUGCAGGGCGGGUACCAGGCGGCUGGGCUGUGUGUGUCCAUCGUCUUCGGCAUCGGAGGAGGCAUUUUAGUAGGUCUGAUCCUCAAGCUGCCUAUCUGGGGAGAUGUUGCUGAUGAGAACUGCUUUGAUGAUGAGUUUUACUGGGAGGUGCCCGAUGAGGAGGAGGUGUUGCCCCCCAUACUGGAGUACAACAAUCACAUGAACCUGAACAAGAGGACUGAUGUUGUCACGGUGGAGUCGAAUUUCUCUGAGCCACAGGGUUGACUGGUGACCGGUGGUCCAUGGGCACGCGCACGCUUUUGUUCACAUCACACACGGGCACAGGAAGCUUAUGCACUUGCAAUCACACUGGGAUGGUGGCAGUGGUAUUGAGUACAAGUAGGACCCGAGAAAUUUGAAUAUAUGAGAAGGUUCAGUGACUGAAGUUGACCGGAAUAGACAACUAACUGCAGUAGGCUACCACCCAAAUAAGAGAAAAAUGAAUAGGAGACAGUGCGAGUGUGCCCUCUCAUAUAUUCAAGUUUCUCUGGUAGGACCCAGAGUGGUUUGAAAGUUUGCAGUGUGCAAUAGCUGUGAUGUGUUGUGACUCAAACAUGAUGACACUUUAGAGGGUUUAGCAAAAAUGUUUGUUGGCUUCACGCUUUACUUUUUUUAUCUCCGUUAGAUUGCCGUACUCUGCAAUUGUACCGCUAAAUCAUUUUUGUAGCUGUUAGCUGUAUGGUGGUUAGAAUUUAAGAAAUGAUGCUGCUUUGCCGACAACACGGAAAUUACCUAAAUAUUUAAAAUGCCAGAUUUGUGUGUAGGUCUAUAACUGUAGGUGUCUUUGAAUGCUGCAAGCCUGGUGACAUGCAAUACUGUGAAUAAUAAGUGUGAUCAUUUUUUGUGUGAAUAUUGAUGUAAAGGCUCAGUGUCAGUUUUUAUUGUCAUCGUUGCCACACGUGAGUGACUUCCUGCACCGGUCCUGAUGUUAGUCACUUCCUCUAA